GUAAGCACUAUCGAUGGCUUUCAUAAACAACAGGGAUUCCAUGUCUAGCCUACUAAAACGAGCUGAAUAGGACGCCACAGGCUAGCAUUUGGAGCUGUGGGCUGAGUCAAAUGUGGACUACCGCUUCGAAUAAUUUUAAUGUUUGUCUGCACGUCGAUAUUGCGUUUUCAGUUUCAAUCAUUAAGUCUUAAUUUUAGUUUUAUCAUCUGUGGUGUUUUUUUCAGAUGUAUUUUCUCAUAUGUGUUCCACUUCGCUGUUUCUGUCUGUAAUUCUCAAUUUGGGGGUUUGGGCCUUCAUGUAUUUUAAUAGAAACAGCUACAGAUCUUUUUAGCUACGUUUGACUGCGGCGAUAUUAGACAGAGUCUGCUGAUUAUUGUUAAAAUUUUGAAAUAAUAGGCUAAUGCUUUUGUCUUGGUGUCGAGAAAGGGUAGCGCAUUUUUUAUUCAACCUGUCCGACUUUAAAAAAAACAUGUAGCCUAUUCUUUGUUUUCAGAGAUUGUUGAAAAAUUAUAUUUUCGUUCCCUCAUUCAGUCGAGACUAAGAUAAGCUACGCAUCGACAGACAAGUAGGCUACUCCAAACAGUCUAAAUUCAGGCAACUCGCAGCCUAUUACUGGGGGGGGAUGUUUGUUGCUAUGGAAACGGGAUGCUGGCGUACGGAGGUUAACCUGCAUGCGCAGAGAGACGGACAAGCUUGCAAGCGGCAAGAGUAACCUACAUUACAUUAACUAAUGAGGGCGUGGGACAAAUAAAGAACGUGUGGUAGAUGCAGAAAGAGGGGAUGUCGAAGGGGAUAUUCGGUAUUUGGCACAUACAUACACACAAGACACAGCUGGGCUAGUUUAAGGAAUAAAUAAUAAAUUCGUAACAUUAUAAUCAACCAACGUUUAGAACCAACGUGGGCUAUCUCUCACCUUAGCGUUCGUUGCGAAGGCUGUACAUAUUUUCUUCCUUCCCUCGAUAGGAAUAAAAAUUAUCUUUCCCUGUAACCCCCCUCCCUCCCGGGGGGAUGCCGGCCCGACUGAGGCGGGUGGGUGGGGGGACAUUCCUAUCAUGGCGCCCAGAUACCAGGUGAAGUCCAAUAUGAAGAGCAUGGAGAGGGAGCUGCGGUGCCCGGUGUGUACGGAGAUGGUGAAGCAGCCCAUCGUCCUGCCCUGCCAGCACAGCGUGUGCCUCCUGUGUGCCUCCGGGGUCCUGGUCCAGAACGGCUACCCGGCCCCGGACCUCCCGCCCGAGCCCAACUCGCCCGCCUCCACCCCCAACACCCGCUCGCCCCGCCAGGCCCGCCGGCCCGCGCCCAAGGCCGACCGCGUCGACCGCGUGCUCCGCGCCGGAUUUGGGACGUACCCAGGGAGGAGGCGCAAGGAGGGCCCUCCCCCCGUUGUGCUGUUCCCCUGCCCGCCCUGCCAGAGGGAGGUGGAGCUGGGGGAGAGGGGGCUGGCCGACUGCCUCCGGAACCUCACCCUGGAGCGCAUAGUGGAGAGGUACCGGCACACGGUGAGCCUGGGCUCCGUGGCGGUCAUGUGUCAGUUCUGCAAGCCGCCCCAGGCCCUGGAGGCCACCAAAGGCUGCGCCGACUGCAGGUCCAGCUUCUGCAACGAGUGCUUCAAGCUGUACCACCCGUGGGGGACGCCCCGCGCCCAGCACGAGCACGUCCUGCCCACCCUCAACUUCAGACCCAAGGUGCUGAGCUGCCCGGAGCACGAGCAGGAGCGCCUGCAGUUCUACUGCAAGUCCUGCCAGCGGCUGCUGUGCUCCCUGUGCAAACUGCGCAGAGCCCACGCCGGGCACAGGGUCACGCCCGUCGCCCACGCCUACCAGACGCUCAAGGACAAGAUCACCAAGGCGAUGAACUACAUCCUGGCCAAUCAGGACACUGUCCAGGCCCAGAUGACUCAGCUAGAAAAUGCCAUCACACAAACGGAGGUGAACAGCGGCUCGGCGCGGGACCAGCUGGCCCGGUGCGUGCGGGAGCUGGGCGCGGCGCUGGACGAGCGGCAGGGGGCGCUGGGCCAGGCGGUGGAGGGGGCGCGGCUGCGGCGGGUGGAGGCGCUGGCAGCCCAGGUGACGGAGAGGCGGAGCCUGCUGGAGCACGCCGGCCUGCUGGCCUUCUCCCAGGAGCUGCUCAAGGAGACCGACCCGCCCUGCUUCGUCCAGGCCGCACGCCUCACACACAGCAGGCUGAUGAGGGCCGUCGAGUCGCUCCAGUGCUUCUCCCUCGCCGCCGACCCCUCCUUCCGACACUUCCAGCUGGACGUCUCCAGGGAGCUGAAGCUGCUCGGCAACAUGGACUUCAUCCGCGCGCCAUUGGCCCCUGUGAUUGACACCCAGCGCACCCUGGCCUACGACCAGCUCUUCCUGUGCUGGCGGCUGCCGCAGGACUCCGCCCCCGCCUGGCACUUCUCCGUGGAGUUCCGCCGGCGCGGGGCGGGGCUCCGGGGCGGGAGCGGGGUCGGGGGCGGGGUCAGGGGCCGGGCCGGCGCCGGAGGGGGCCGCGGGGGGUGGCACCGGCUGGAGGAGGUGGGCGGGACCAGCGCGGUGAUCGACAGGCUGGAGAUGAACAGCGUGUACGUCCUCCGGGUGAGGGGCUGCAACAAGGCCGGUUUCGGGGAGUACAGCGAGGAGGUGUACCUCCACACCCCUCCCGCCCCAGUGCUGAGCUUCUCUCUGGACCCGCGUUGGGGCCCGCACGCUGAGCGUUUGGUGCUCAGUAAGGAGCAGCGCUGCGCCCGCAGCGUGCCCGGCCUCUCCCUCCUGCAGGCGGCCGACCGCGCCCUCACCUCCUGCCACCUGACCGCCGACCUGCUGGUGGGCGACACGGCCGUCACCCAGGGGCGACACUACUGGGCAUGCUCAGUGGAGCCCGGGUCCUACCUGGUCAAGGUGGGGGUGGGUCUGGAAGCUCGGCUGCAGGAGUGGUUUCAUCUGCCUCAGGACAUGCCCAGCCCCCGCUACGACCCCGACAGCGGCCACGACAGCGUUGCCGAGGAGAUGCUGGAGUCUCCGCCCCCCUUCGUGUUCCUGACCGUGGGCAUGGGCAAGAUCUACCUGCCGCAGAUGGUGAACUCCAACCACUGUUGCCCCGGCGACCCCGCCAGCCUGCGUGACCCCUCCGCCAACCUCAACAGCGGCGCCCCCUCGCCCCUGGGCCUCACCGUCCCCCUGCCCCCCCGGCUCGGGCUCUGCCUGGACGUCGAGAAGGGUCGCGUCACCUUCUACGACGCCCACUCCCUCCGGCCCCUGUGGGAGGGGCCCGUGGAUUGCUCCGCCCCCGUUUGCCCGGCGUUCUGUUUCAUUGGCGGAGGGGUGCUCCAGCUGCAGGAGCUGGUGGCCAAUCGGAAUGCGGAGCUUCCCCAGGCCAGAAGGGUCACCAUCCAAUCGUGUGGGAGCAACUGACAAAAGUUGUCUGCAUAACUGAAUUAAACGUGCAUUAAGCUAUUUUCAUUAGCCGAACAACACGUAAAUAUGAAUCACAAGUUUUUUUUUUUACUUUGUCAAGAAGAAAUAGUUUGCUUUUUAUAUAAUCAAAUUAGAAAAUUGAAAUUUAUUUUGUAAUAUUGUUGUUCAUAUUUUCCAUUUACACUAAGCCUAUAGCUUUGGUUGGCAGUUGCCAGUCACGUUUAUGCGAAUAUAUUUAAACUGUGAAUGACUCAGUAUAACUUAAUACGUAUAUUCUGGCUAAGUAUGGAGUUUAUCUGUAUAAGUGCAAGACUGCAUAACCAAGGAAAUUCACAUUUCUGAAUGAUUUUAUUGUGUUACUUAGGCCUGUGCCUCUACAGUAGAGCCAUUUUGUACUCAGCUGCUCGUGAAGGAAGACAGAUGAUGGCUCGUUCUUAAACCAAUCCGCUCGCCUCAUUUGUGUUUUACACAAGAAGGACGAGGUCUGCAUCUUUCAUGUGUAUUUUGUCAAAGACUGAUAGUUUAUUAUGUUCACUCAAGUAUUCUGACUGUUGACUAUAAUACAGGGAUAUACAGCCUUUACAAAUCAUAUGCAAAUGGAAAAACUUAUGAGAACUCUUAUUGGAACUGUGUUCAUGUCUAAUUUUAUUAUUAUUAUUAUUAUUAUUAUUAUUAUUAUUAUUAUUAUUAUUAUUAUUAUUAUUAUUAUUAUUCGAGGCAUGGGAAGAGAGAACAAUAUUACUUUAGUAGUGUUAUUUUAAUAGGUUGCCAAUGAACCUGUACAACUGUCAGGAAAGAUUCACCUUUUACUGUAGUGAACAGUGUGUGUGUGCAUGUGUUUUUGCGUUUGCCUGUGUGUGUGUGUGUGUCUGUCUGUCUGUCUAUGUCUGGGUGUGUGUGUGUAUGUUCAUAUGUAAGAAAAUCAGUGGGAGAAAGCAAGUGGCACAAUUAAAAUAGAGCCAAUGUUUCAAUUAUAUAACUGCAUAGAGCAAAAAACGCAUAAGUCAGCUUUAUUCAGUCAAUAGUCAGGAACUGUACUCAGCUUGAGCUUGGUACAGUGCAUAUCUACAUAAACACUAGAGAUUACAGCGUUUCAGGUGUGUGUGCAUGUGUGUGUGUGUGUGUGUGUGUGUGGAACUUAAAACCUGAAUGCCCCAGACAGUUUUAUUCUUUGCAACUAAGUUUAUUAUUAUUAUUAUUAUUAUUAUUAUUAUUAUUAUUAUUAUUAUUAUUAUUACUACUAUUAUUAUUGUUGUUGUUACUACUACUAUUACUACUACUGCUACUACUAACAAUAAUACUAAUAAUAAUAUAAUAAUAAUAAGGAAUGUUUUAAGGAAUGGAAUUGGUUUUAUUAUAUAAACCUGCAGUGCUACACGGGAAUGACUAUCUUUUUGUUGCAAUUUAUUUAGACUCUGUAAAACCUAAAAUGAAAGGAAAAAAUAAAGUCCAAAUAUGUGAACUCCCUAA